ACGUCAGAGAUGUUUUGCUAAGAGUUAGCCACGACAGGCUAACUUUAUCUCAUAGUUUUAUUUAUAAAUUUCAAGUUUAACGGACCCGCUUUGGAUUUCAGUGAUAAAUGUGAUUUUAUAAACGUGUCGUUAUAAAGCAAACGAAGCGAUGAACGGGAGCACGAACCCACUGCUGGACAAAGAGGAUCAUGUUUUAAAGCUCGGAGAAAGCUUCGAGAAGAGGCCAAAGUCUUUGUUUCACACUAUUAGAUAUGACUUUAAACCAGCGUCUAUCGACACAAGCUGCGAGGGAGAGCUACAAGUUGGGAAAGGGGAUGAAGUCACCAUCACAUUACCUCACAUUCCGGGCUCCACACCCCCCAUGACUGUGUUCAAAGGAAAUAAGCGGCCUUACCAGAAAGACUGCGUUCUCAUCAUUAAUCAUGACACUGGUGAAUUUGUCUUGGAGAAGCUGAGCAGCAGCAUUCAGGUCAAGAAAACUAGGGCAGAGGGCAGCAGUAAGAUUCAGGCCCGGAUAGAGCAGCAGUCGGUGCGGUCAAACCAGCCCAGCUCUCAGUUUAGGGCCCCCACUAAACCUGGGGCAGGUGUUAAAACAUCACCAUCUCCAUCAAAGGAUAACCCAUCUCCAGAACCCCAGCUGGAUGACAUCAAGAGAGAGCUGCGAGCGGAGGUGGAUGUGAUCGAACAGAUGAGCAGCAGUGGCAGCAGUAGCUCCUCUGACUCAGGCAGCGCCGCAGGGAGUGGUGACGACAGCAGCAGCGACGGCGAACACGACACCUCAAGACCACUGAGUCAGACUUCGCCCAGCCGCCAGCCUAUGGUCAACGGAGGAGCUGACUGGCAGCAGGGCAACAACCAGCUCAUGAAUACCCUCAGAAAUGACCUCCAGCUCAGUGAGUCAGGCAGCGACAGUGACGACGACUGAUUUCUUCUGAUUCGUCCUCACUCUUUCUCCUCCUCCUGCUCCUCUGUGGCAGUUAUCUCCAGCUGUAUAUCUCAUUUCUACUUUAUUUUUAGUAUCUCCUCAGAGGCCACCAGCCUGGAAGUUAAAAGAGUGUAUUUUUUAUUAGAUGUUUAUUUUGUUUUGUAUAGCAGAGGUUUAGAAAAGGAAACUUUAACUUGAAAGGUUUGGAAAGAUUAUAUAUAAGAGAGCGCAGAAACAUAUUUUCUUUACUCAGAGCAGCUAGUUUUAUCUCUUUUUGUCUUGUUUUGGCUUCACGGUAACAAAGUAGAGACCUGAGGGUUGAGGUAUUUAUCUUCAUUGUGUUUGUUGAAAACAUCUAAAUACAUAUAGACACUGUUCCAUAUCCAUUCUAUUUAAGAGAUUUUACUUUUUUAGACAAAAAUGUAACCAGAUUUACAGAUUAUCAAGUGAAACAAGUUUUAACAUUUUUCAGAUGUUUUUACUUUUUUAGCAAGAAUCUAAGAAAAUGAAAUUGCAUAAGUUUUUAGACUAGUUAAUACUAGGUAUUGUUAUUUUAGCUUUUUUUAAAUCACACCAUCGUAAAAAAAUGGGGAGAAAUACAGUUAAAUAAAUUAAUUGCAGUAUUAGCAACAUCAUGUGGCACACUGGAUAAGCUUCCUCUUCCAUUUGUGGUUUAAAAAGUAGGAUUCUUUUUCAUUCAGUUCUUUCUUUGUUAUUGAUACACUACUGUUACUGUUUGUGUAGUAUUCCACAUACAUCUCAAGAAAACCUGCACCAGUUCUGCCUUAAACAGAGUUUCAGACUGGAAAACCAGGUGAAUGUGUCGUUUCCUGCCAAAGAGAUGAAAGGAUCAAUGGCUUCACUGUACAAUACUGAGUGACGGUGAGGUCAAAGGUACUGACAUUAGUGGUUGAACUCAGAAUGUUAUAUGGCUGGAUGUUCAGUGAAUAUCUUUUUACUUCUGUAUACAGUGUUGUAGAAUUACAGUAUCUGUCAUCACAGGUUUUCACUGUAGUACGUUGUUGUUUCAUAGUAGUGCUGUGCAGGAAAGAGUUGACUGUAAUUCACUUUGACAGUAUCCUGUUCCCCAGCUUAUUAUGGGGGAUUUCUGUUCUUAUUAAAUGUUAAAAAAAAGUUAAAAAUGUCAACAUUGACUUUUAGUCCAGUUUAGUGAAAAUGUUUACGUUAAUGUGUAUGUACACAUUUGAAGUGUAUUAAAUGUCAGUUUAAAAUGUUCUGUUUUAUAUGUUUCUUAAGUGGUGUUUAUUUUCUUUUUUUCUUUUGGCUGACCUGAUAAGAAGGGUCAUGAUGUAACUAUGGUCACAGCACUUGUAGUGUUUGGAUUAAAGACAAAAGUUUUCCAAAUCAAGA